CUCUUCGCCCACCGAAUCGCCCCCCCGAAAUCCCCCACUCCCAUUCCUAUAAAACAUCCACCCAUCCAUCCCCGUCCGCGACCAAAUCCAAAUCUCAUCGUCAUCCCCCCGCACCCCCAACCCAACCCCUCCCACCCCACCUCCGGCGACCGGAUCGGCAGGGCGCGAUGGCGAACAUCGACAUGGCGGCGGUGCUGGCGGACAUGGACCGGGACGCGGCGGCGGACGCGCGGACGCCGCGGACCAAGCUCGUGUGCACGCUCGGCCCGGCCUCCCGCUCCGUGCCCAUGCUCGAGAAGCUGCUCCGCGCCGGGAUGAACGUCGCGCGCUUCAACUUCUCCCACGGCACCCACGAGUACCACAAGGAGACCCUCGACGCCCUCCGCCAGGCCAUGCACAACACCGGCAUCCUCUGCGCCGUCAUGCUCGACACCAAGGGACCUGAGAUUCGUACUGGAUUUUUGAAGGAUGGUAAACCAAUCAAACUGACAAAGGGUCAAGAAAUCACUGUUUCCACUGACUACGAUAUCAAGGGCGACACGAACACCAUCUCCAUGAGCUACAAGAAACUUCCUCAGGAUGUGAAGCCUGGGCAUGUCAUACUAUGUGCUGAUGGUACCAUCUCCUUGUCUGUUCUGUCUUGCGACCCAGCAGCUGGAACUGUCAGAUGUAGGUGUGAGAACACUGCAAUGCUUGGAGAGAGGAAGAAUUGUAAUCUGCCAGGAAUUGUCGUGGACCUUCCUACGCUGACGGAGAAGGAUAAGGAGGACAUUUUGGGAUGGGGUGUGCCUAAUGACAUUGACAUGAUUGCUUUGUCAUUUGUCCGCAAAGGAUCAGAUUUGGUGACCGUCAGGCAGCUUCUUGGACAGCAUGCAAAGCGCAUCAAGUUAAUGUCAAAGGUUGAAAACCAAGAGGGCAUUGUAAACUUUGAUGACAUUCUGAGGGAAACCGAUGCCUUUAUGGUUGCCAGAGGUGAUCUUGGAAUGGAGAUUCCAGUUGAGAAGAUAUUCCUUGCACAGAAAAUGAUGAUCUACAAGUGCAACCUUGCUGGCAAGCCUGUGGUCACAGCGACCCAGAUGCUUGAGUCAAUGAUCAAGUCCCCGAGGCCAACCCGUGCCGAGGCUACUGACGUCGCAAAUGCGGUGCUUGAUGGAACUGACUGUGUCAUGCUCAGUGGUGAAAGCGCUGCCGGAGCAUACCCUGAGGUGGCUGUGAAGAUCAUGGCGCGCAUCUGCGUGGAGGCGGAGUCUUCCCUGGACAACGACGCCGUCUUCAAGGAGAUGAUCAAGGCCGCGCCCCUCCCGAUGAGCCCGCUGGAGUCCCUCGCGUCCUCGGCCGUGCGAACCGCCAACAAGGCCAGGGCCACUCUGAUCGUCGUCCUGACCCGUGGCGGCACCACGGCGAAGCUGGUGGCCAAGUACCGGCCCAGGGUGCCGAUCCUGUCGGUGGUCGUCCCGGUGCUGACGACCGACUCGUUCGACUGGACCGUCAGCUCCGAGGGCCCCGCCAGGCACAGCCUGAUCUACAGGGGCCUGAUCCCGCUCCUCGCCGAGGGCUCCGCCAAGGCCACUGACUCGGAGUCGACGGAGGAGAUCCUCCAGGCGGCGCUCAAGUCGGCCGUGAAGAAGCAGCUCUGCAAGGCUGGUGACGCCGUCGUCGUCCUGCACCGCAUCGGCGUCGCCUCCGUCAUCAAGAUCUGCACCGUCAAGUGAGCGUCAUCGCCGGGCGCUCGGCGGCCCUUGCUGCCGUGGCGAACUCUCUGUUCUUGUGGAGACGAAUUGAUAAUCGCCGUACCGUCCGUUGCAGUUUGUUGCAUAGAUCCGAUCCGAGCUGGUAAAUUAGGAGGGAGAGGACUCCGUUAAUAUAGAGCUCUUUUAUUAUUAUUACCGUUGGUUGAUAUGAUAUGCCCCCUGUAGUAUGGUGUUUGGCAGGUGUCAUGCCUGCACAAAUUUUUCUCUAAUUAUUAUUAGUUGCUGCUGCUGCUUGUUGUACUCUGAACUCUCAAGUACUGGUUUGGUAGUGAUGUCGAUGCAUGUGGUGAUAAUAAGAUUUUGGCAUCGUGUACCGA